AUCCGCUUUUCCGUGUGUUCGCCGACGCCGCGGGGGCGUGGCGCGGCCUAGCGCACUCUGAGCAGCUGGGGGGUCGUUUCCUCCAGGCCUUACUCGGUAGCCAGGGGCCCCGCGGCCAGCUGUGGCCGCUGCUGGGAGCCGGGUCAUAAGGGGUAGCGGGAUGUUUCUGACGCUGCCCUGGCACAUGAGUCCCGGGUCCUUCAGGGAGGGUCCCGAGCCACUCGGGUUUCGCUCUUGGGACAAAGGCCUGGCUCGUGCGCGGGGCGGGGCCACAGCCCCAGAAGAGAGCUAGCAGAGCGGCGGCUUUGCACAGGGGUUCAAGAGUGUGGUGGAGCCAGAGGGCCGCAGGGGGGCGGGGCUGCCUUCGUCUGGCCCUCGGCUGCCUGCGAAACGCGGACCGGGUGAUGCCCCAGGAGAAACCACUCUAGUAGUUCCGCUCGGAGGGCGGAAGUGCGCGUCUCAGUCUGUGCGGCUGACCAGUUAGCGACAUGGUGGCGCCCGUGCUGGAGACUUCUCACGUGUUUUGCUGCCCAAACCGUGUGCGGGGAGUCCUGAACUGGAGCUCUGGGCCCAGAGGACUUCUGGCCUUUGGCACGUCCUGCUCCGUGGUGCUCUAUGACCCCGUGAAAAGGGUUGUUGUUACCAACCUGAAUGGUCACACUGCCCGAGUCAAUUGCAUACAGUGGAUUUGUAAACAGGAUGGCUCCCCUUCUACUGAAUUAGUUUCUGGAGGAUCUGAUAAUCAAGUGAUUCACUGGGAAAUAGAGGAUAAUCAGCUUUUAAAAGCAGUCCAUCUUCAAGGCCAUGAAGGACCUGUUUAUGCGGUGCAUGCUGUUUACCAGAGGAGGACAUCAGAUCCUGCAUUAUGUACACUGAUCGUUUCUGCAGCUGCAGAUUCUGCUGUUCGACUUUGGUCUAAAAAGGGUUCAGAAGUAACGUGCCUUCAGACUUUAAAUUUUGGAAAUGGAUUUGCUCUGGCUCUCUGCUUGUCUUUUUUGCCAAAUACUGAUGUUACCUGGAAGACAGGCCAGGUGAAAAGAGGCAGGGCCUGGAAGCCACCAGCCUCUCUCACCCUCUGUAGCAGGAGCUGCAACUCCAUGGUUUCAUGUUGUUCCAUUUUGUGCAAGGCUCUGCAGAAGGGGAAGCUGCACACAUUGUGGCAUCAUAACAGAAUUUCAUUUCUUCCAUCUGCAUUCAGGCCAAUACCAAUAUUAGCAUGUGGCGAUGAUGAUUGCAGAAUUCACUUAUUUGCUCAACAAAAUGAUCAGUUUCAGAAAGUGCUUUCUCUCUGUGGACAUGAGGAUUGGAUUAGAGGAGUGGAAUGGGCAGCCUUUGGUAGAGAUCUUUUCCUAGCAAGCUGUUCACAAGAUUGCCUAAUAAGAAUAUGGAAGCUGUAUAUAAAGUCAACAUCUUCAGAAACUCAGGAUGCCGAUAACAUAAGACUGAAAGAAAAUACUUUUACCAUAGAAAAUGAAAGUGUUAAAAUAGCAUUUGCUAUUACUCUGGAGACAGUGCUGGCUGGUCAUGAAAACUGGGUAAAUGCAGUUCACUGGCAACCUGUGUUUUACAAAGAUGGUGUUCUACAGCAGCCAAUGAGAUUAUUGUCUGCUUCCAUGGAUAAAAGCAUGAUUCUCUGGGCUCCAGAUGAAGACUCAGGAGUUUGGCUAGAACAGGUUCGAGUAGGUGAAGUAGGUGGGAAUACUUUGGGAUUUUAUGAUUGCCAGUUCAAUGAAGAUGGCUCCAUGAUCAUUGCUCAUGCUUUCCACGGAGCGUUGCACCUUUGGAAACAGAAUACAGUUAACCCAAGAGAGUGGACUCCAGAGAUUGUCAUUUCCGGACACUUUGAUGGUGUCCAAGACCUAGUCUGGGAUCCAGAAGGGGAAUUUAUUAUCACUGUUGGUACUGAUCAGACAACUAGACUUUUUGCUCCAUGGAAGAGAAAAGACCAAUCACAGGUGACUUGGCAUGAAAUUGCAAGGCCUCAGAUACAUGGGUAUGACCUGAAAUGUUUGGCAAUGAUUAAUCGGUUUCAGUUUGUAUCUGGAGCAGAUGAAAAAGUUCUUCGAGUUUUUUCUGCACCUCGGAAUUUUGUGGAAAAUUUUUGUGCCAUUACAGGAAAAUCACUGAAUCAUGUGCUUUGUAACCAAGAUAGUGAUCUUCCAGAAGGAGCCACUGUCCCUGCGUUGGGAUUAUCAAAUAAAGCUAUCUUUCAGGGAGAUAUAGCUUCUCAGCCUUCUGAUGAAGAGGAGCUGUUAACUAGUACUGGUUUUGAGUAUCAGCAGGUGGCCUUUCAGCCCUCCAUACUUACUGAGCCUCCCACUGAGGAUCAUCUUCUGCAGAAUACUUUGUGGCCUGAAGUUCAAAAACUAUAUGGGCAUGGUUAUGAAAUAUUUUGUGUUACUUGUAACAGUUCAAAGACUCUGCUUGCCUCAGCUUGUAAGGCAGCUAAGAAAGAGCAUGCAGCUAUCAUUCUUUGGAACACUACAUCUUGGAAACAGGUGCAGAAUUUAGUUUUCCACAGUUUGACAGUUACGCAGAUGGCCUUCUCACCCAACGACAAGUUCUUACUGGCUGUUUCCAGAGAUCGAACCUGGUCAUUGUGGAAAAAGCAGGAUACAGUCUCACCUGAAUUCGAGCCAGUUUUUAGUCUUUUUGCCUUCACCAACAAAAUUACUUCUGUGCACAGUAGAAUUAUUUGGUCUUGUGAUUGGAGUCCUGAUAGCAAGUAUUUCUUCACUGGGAGUCGAGACAAAAAGGUGGUUGUCUGGGGUGAGUGCGACUCCACUGAUGACUGUAUUGAGCAUAACAUUGGCCCCUGCUCCUCAGUCCUGGAUGUGGGUGGGGCUGUGACAGCUGUCAGCGUCUGCCCAGCGCUCCACCCAGCGCUCCACCCUUCUCAACGAUAUGUGGUUGCAGUAGGAUUGGAGUGUGGAAAGAUUUGCUUAUACACCUGGAAGAAGACUGAUCAAGUUCCAGAAAUAAAUGACUGGGCCCACUGUGUAGAAACAAGUCAAAGCCAAAGUCAUACACUUGCUAUCAGAAAAUUAUGCUGGAAGAACUGCAGUGGAAAAACUGAACACAAGGAAGCAGAAGAUGCUGAGUGGUUGCAUUUUGCAAGCUGUGGUGAAGAUCACACUGUGAAGAUACACAGAGUCAAUAAAUGUGCACUGUAAUGGACUUAAUAACUACAUGCUUGCAGUCACUGGUAUCUUAAAAUAAUAUCACGUAAAUAGAUCAUCUUUGCCUUCAUAA